GGGAUUCGAGGCCCGGGCAGGCGGGGAUUGGUAGGGCCGGUUGCCUCGGUUACGGGCGGCGGCGCUCCAAGAUGGCGGAGGAGGCCGCGGGUGGCGGCGGGGUCAGGCGGGGGGCAGCGGGGGACCGGGAGCGGGGCCGGGAGCGGGACGAGGAGGGCGCGGCCGAGCGGGGCCCGGCCGAGCGGGGCCCGGGCGCGGCCUAUCACAUGUUCGUGCUGAUGGAGGAGCUGCUGGACAAGCUGAAGCUGCUGAGCUACGAGGAGGAGGCGCUGCGGCGCCACAACAUGCGGCCGCUCUCCAGGCACUACUUUGCACUGCCCACUAAUCCCGGGGAGCAGUUCUUUAUGUUCUGCACGCUUGCUGCCUGGCUGAUCACUAAAGCAGGACGUCCCUUCGAGCAGCCACAGGAAUACGAUGACCCCAAUGCGAUAAUAUCAAAUAUACUCUCACAAUUGCGAUCGUUUGGAAGGCCUGUGGAUUUUCCUCCCUCAAAAUUAAAGGCAGGUUACGGAGAGCAAGUGUGCUAUGUUCUUGAUUGUUUGGCUGAAGAAGCCUUGAAAUACACUGGUUUUAGCUGGAAAAGGCCAGCAUAUCCAACAGAAGAGCUAGAAGAAGAAGAAAUAACAGAAGAUGAUGCAGAAUUAACACUUAAUAAGCUGGAGGAGGAUGUUGUGGAAGAAGAGUCAGACAACGAAGAAAAUUUUAUUGACCUGAAUGUUCUAAAGGGACAGACAUACAGAUCAGACAUGAGCGACACUCCAAAGCAUGAGGAGAUUUUACAGUCCACGACAGAUGCAGUAGAGUGGAAUCUGGAAGUGGAACGUGUGCUUCCACAGCUGAAAGUUACAGUCAGGACCGACAAUAAGGAUUGGAGGAUUCAUGUAGAUCAAAUGCAUCAGCAUAAGGAUGGAAUUGAAUCUUCUUUGAAAGAAACUAGGGGUUACCUUGACAAACUCCAUAAUGAAAUCAGCAGAACAUUGGAAAAGAUCAAUAGCAGGGAAAAGUACAUCAACAAUCAGCUGGAGCACUUGGUUCAAGAGUACCGUUCAGCGCAAGCCUUGCUGAGUGAGGCUAAAGAGAAGUACCAGGAGGGAAGUGGAGGAGUAACUGAAAGGAUUAAAGUGCUCUCUGAGAUUACAGAAGUAUUAGAAAGAGUAAAGCAGGAAACAGAAGAGAAAGGAAGCAGUAUGACUGAUGGUGCUCCUCUAGUGAAGAUUAAACAGGCCUUAACAAAACUGAAGCAAGAAACCAUUCAUAUGGACAUACAAAUCGGUGUAAUGGAACACACAUUACUCCAGUCAAAGCUGAAAGAGAAGUCCAAUAUGGCUAGAGAUAUGCAUGCAGCGAUGAUUCCAGAAGCCACAGUAGGUGCCUAUUAAAAUUGUUUGGAGCUGACAUGGUUUGCCCGAAAUACAGUUUUUCUACUGUUUGUUAUUUGAUAAUUCACAAGUUUCCUUUUUGUUGGGGGAGGGGGUUUUUCUUUCUUCUUGUUUGUUUUUCACAAGAUGCUUGUCAUGCACUUUUAAGAAGUAACAUGCACACUUUGGACUGAACAUGGAGCCAUGUGUAGUUUUGUGCUGUAAAGAUUUACUGCAGAUCCCUUCCAAAUAUGCUAAUAAAUUCUUAUUAAUGAACCUCUCUACUUCACUGGAGAAUGUUACAUAGUGUGAAAGUCUAUAGAAUGAUACUGACAGCCUGUAAUCUUGAUAUUCUACAGUGCUGAAAGAAAAUUGCUUGCGGAAGACUUGAAAGGAAUUUUGAGUGUCUAUUACUGCCAUUUACAUGCAUUCAUUAUCAAGUAUUUAGUUGAUGAUAUUGAAAUAAUACAGCAUUGCCCUUUCUAAAAGGCUGGGUCAAAACUGAUACCAGUUGCAAGUAUAAGUUAAUUGUUGCUUUGAAUUGAAGUUUAAGAAUUCAACAAGAAACUAACAUUUUGAUAAUACUGGCAUGCUCCUAGGGCAGCCCUACCCAAAUUCGCGAAUGGACAACUACCUUGUUCCUCACUUGGUUUUUUUGAGUUGUCAUCUAGGCAGAUUGGUAUGGAUGUUUUUUGUAAUUAUUUUUAUUUUUACACUGUCUCUAGCAGGAACUAUGAUAACAAAAUCUAUAGAAGACCAAAGAAUGUGGAAAGUACUGUUUGGAAAUUGCUGUUGGCUAUAUCAUUUUUUUUUCCAUGUGUCGUCAUGUCUCAGAGUCACUCCAUAUUAGCAUUGGAUCGAUUGCUGCUUUCAUUUAUAGUAUGUAGUACAGCUCCAUGGACAUUUUUGGAUUAUUCUUCUUUUCUGUUCUUGAGUCAGAACACUUAAUUUUCAUCUCUGUUAAGGAAAAAUGUUGCCAAAUCUAGUUGUGUAAUACGGAAUGAGAAGUAGGAGGAAGGUGCUGGAAAUGGAAUGGCAGCAGGGAGCUCCCUUUGUCUUGGUAAAUGUGUAGGUAGGGAGUGAUUCUAGACAUUAUUGGUAAUGAAGGACCGUGGAACAAAGAAAUAACCUUAUUCAAUUACUAGUACAUCUUUUUGGUUACCAUUAUUCAUAAGUCACAGACAAUACUGGUACAAUUCCGGUGAUAUUAAAAUCCUCCCCUACUUCUGUAGGCAAUUCCACUCACUUUACAAAUAAUUUCUCUCACUAAAGGUGAGUGGUAUUUUGCAGAAUCGGUGGAUCAGUUCUGCGUCUGAAAGUCAAGACACUUGACACAGUCAGUACCAUGUGCCAGUUUCUUAACUUUGCUGUGCUUCAGUAUUUCAAUCACCA